CCAUGAAGCUUUGACAGAGUAUCAACAACUCUGACGUACUUGAAACACAAGUUAUACCGGAAGAUUUCUCCGAAAGUAUACCUUAAAUGAUGCUCUCAUCGCACAGAAGAAGAGCCCCCCUUACAGAUAGUAAUGUCAGUCAUGGCCUCCUCUGCUGAUAAAAAGCUGACAGGAGUAGUUGCAGCCACGUUUACUCCACUGACCCCAGAAGGUGAGAUCAACCUCACACAGAUUGGACCUUAUGUUGACUACUUGAAAGAGAAGCAAGGUGUGAAAGGUAUUUUUGUGAAUGGCACCACCGGAGAGGGCGCGUCUCUCAGCAUUGAGGAGAGGAAGAUCCUGGCUGCAGAGUGGUGUCAGAAAGCCAAGGGGAAAAUCGAUCAUGUGAUUGUGCAUGCCGGCUGCAUGAGUCUUAAAGAUUCCCAAGAUCUGGCUCGCCAUGCAGCACAGAUCGGGGCUGAUGCAAUAGCAGUCAUUUCCCCCUCCUUCUUCAAGCCCAGCUCUGCAGAUGUCUUGAGGUCGUACCUUAAGGAAGUGGCUUCAGUUGCCCCAACUCUGCCCUUCUAUUACUAUCAUUUUCCAGCUCUCACUGGUGUUAAUGUGCCAGUAAGAGAUUUGUUGGAAGGUAUUAAGGAGCUCAUUCCCUCCUUCAGAGGUGUGAAGUUUAGUGGGACAGACCUGAUGGACUUUGGCCAGUGUGUCAGCAACAGUCAGCCUGACUGGUCCUUCCUCUACGGCGUGGACGAGCAACUGCUCGCAGCUCUGGUUCUGGGAGCCCACGGAGCAGUUGGCAGCACAUAUAACUACAUGGGAUGUCAUGUCAACAAGCUCAUAUCAGCGUUUGAGAAAGGCGACCUUGUUGAAGCCAGGUCGAUACAGUUCAAGGUGCAAGAGCUGAUCAGUUAUGCCAUAAAAGUUGGCUUUGAUGUUGGAGUGAACAAGCAGCUGAUGAGUGAGGUGUCGGGCUUGAGUCUCGGGCCCCCUCGACUCCCUGUGAAGACAUGUCUUCCUGCUGAUGCUCUCUCCAUCAAGACGAAAUAUCACAGUAUUUUUCCUCCUGAACAAAGUACUGGGCAAACCUCGACUGUAGAAAUCCCUCAAUAACUCAGCAAACCACUUCUGAUGAAGACAUUUACACGUUGAAUCAAACCUUACCGUUAAAUUGGUCAUCUAUUUCACCACUCAGUCCUUCCCGUUAAUGGGAAAAAUCUAAUAUGUUCACAAAUAUUUUAAUGUCAGUGUUAAUCAUUUCAUAGAAUUCAUAAAAUAACUAGCUCACGGUGCCCAGGGGAAUGUGGCACUUUUGUUUUGCUACGUUUAGGGAACUGGGGACCAUCACAAAUCAGCAGUGUUACCUUAUUAUCUUGUACUGUUUAAGCUGAACCUCAUUUUAGGAGUUUGAGUACUCUAAAUCCCAGAAACCCAGACUUUAAGAUGACUCCAUCAGAGGGAGGAUAACAGACAGAAAGGGCAUUACUCAUAUGAACAUUGUUCCAUGGGAAAAUGAACACUCCAGAAAAGGGAAAAGGUGAUAAAACAUCCAAGUUGUUAGAAGGAAUUCAUUUUAUACUGUGAGUUUUUAUUAAGUGUUUUCUUUCUUAAUGAUGUAUUAAAGGGAAAUGUCGUGUGUUAUUAAGUAUGUUUGAUUUUCAUUGUUAUAACAAAUAAUCAUAGUAAUUUCCUAUGCAAUGAUUUAUGUCUCUUAUGUUCUGUUCCUGAAAAGUUUAAAAAUCACAAGGCCAGUUUAUCUCUAAGACCUGAACAAGUGUGUGUGUGUGUGUGUGUGUGUGAGACAGUGAAUGUGAUCAGAUGGAAAUUCUGCAUUGCUCGUUUUUUAUCCUGCUUUCUAACUAAAACAUGAUGGUUUUACACUGUCUUUUUCCUGAGAUUACUACUAUUUUUGUGUCAUUUGAUUAUUUGUAUGAGCUGAAAAUAAAACUGAAAAAAAAUC